AUGUCGAGACGAAGUCAGAAACGCACAAUCAGUCAGAAAAAUGGUGUCGUUGAACCGGAAAGUACUUUAGCUCUUAAAAAACCAGCACCAUAUAGUGAUGAUCCAGACAUAAUUGCGCAACGUGAACUGAUUGAUUACUCAGUAAAAGUUACUCUUGAAAUGGCAAAAAGUGGUAAAGUCGGACGUCCAAUACGUAUUUAUGCUGACGGUGUUUAUGAUCUGUUUCACUACGGCCAUGCGAAUCAGUUGCAACAAGCGAAAAGUGCAUUUCAAAAUGUCUAUCUUAUUGUUGGAGUGUGUGGUGAUGCCGAUACUCUUAAAUACAAAGGCCGUACAGUUACAUCAGAGGACGAAAGAUAUGAAGGUGUACGUCAUUGCCGUUAUGUUGAUGAAGUAUAUAAGAAUGCUCCUUGGUGUUGCACUGUUGAGUUUUUGAAGAGUUUAAAGAUUGAUUUUGUAGCGCAUGAUGCAAUACCAUAUGCGAUACCAGGAGACGCUGAUGUUUACGAGAAAUUUCGUCGUGAAGGUAUGUUUCUGGAAACGCAGCGUACAGAAGGCGUUUCGACUAGUGAUGUGGUUUGCCGUAUAAUUCGUGAUUACGAUAAGUAUGUUCGUCGCAAUUUGCAACGUGGUUACUCCGCCAAAGAGCUCAAUGUCGGAUUUCUUGCUGCUCGACGUUAUCAAUUCCAAAAUCAGGUCGAUAAUUUGAAGCAAAAGAGUUUGGAAAUAAUAAAUACAUGGCGUAUGAAGAAAGAUGAUUUCAUCCGCGGGUUCUUAGAAACGUUGCAGAAAGAUGGCGGAAUUAACUUCAAUAUUGUUGGGAGCAGUUUAAGAACUCUCGUUUCUCGCAGCCCUUCGCCAGUGGAUUAUGAAGAGCAAGCAGAGGAAGACACAGUAGAUGCGGCAUCAUUAUAUGAAACAUCCUCAGCAAAUAGUGUCGCCGACCUUAAAAAUGAGACAUGCUAA